ACUAAAAUGAAAAAUCAGUAGACAAGGUAACUGUCGAUUGAGAAUGGGCUUACGCGCUAAAAGACGCCAAAAAAAGCUGUUGUGCCAAAUCUCGUACACAUGAAUAACGAUUAAGCGAAAACGAUGCCGAAAUUAGCCAAUAAGAUUUAUCCAUAGUUGCGGCUGCUUAGCUUGGCAACGUCCUCAAGAUUACUCGUUGCCGCUAAGCAACAGGCGUAAAUAAACAUUAAACACAACUGUUCUGAGUGGACCGAAAUAAAAGGAUAUUCUAAAUGAGUUUAAAACGCAUAUCUAAUAUUCGUUUAUUUAGCACAUUUCAAUUGCUGUUUUUGAAGUUUCACAGGUCCAGCUGCUUAUGUGAAGAUGAAGUAUUUAAAGCAGUGAAAGCUUCAAAAACUUCUGUUGGACCAACAAUAUUUUCCAAGAUUCUGGAUAAGAGUAUCCCCGCAGAUAUAUUAUACGAAGAUGAAAAAUGCAUGGCUUUCCGAGACGUUUCCCCUCAAGCUCCAGUCCACUUUCUUGUCAUUCCUCGGAAAGUUAUCCCAUCUUUAGCUGAUUCUUCUAAAGAAGACUCACCUCUUUUAGGGCAUCUUCUUCAAAUAGCAAAAGAAGUUGCUGCGAAACAAAAUCUUUUAAAUGGUUAUAGAGUUGUUAUAAAUAAUGGACCUGAUGGUGCUCAAUCUGUUUAUCAUCUGCAUGUUCAUGUUCUUGGUGGAAGACAAAUGGAAUGGCCUCCUGGAUAGUGCAAUAAGCACUAUUUCUUUAAUACAAAAACAUUAAUAAUGUUACUAUAAGUCAAAGAACCUUUUAGUGAAUUAUUUGUUAAUUAUAUUUCUAGAAUUAUUUAAUGUAUGGUGUAAUUUUCAUAUCCUAUUCAAAUAUUUGUCCUAUUUGAUAAAAUAAAUAUUUUUUUAAAAAAGAA